ACAGAUGCUGGCUUAUGAGGGCCUCAGUCCUCCUGCUCACCAAAAAGCCGGUCAGCCGUCGCUAAUGUUCGUUUAUUGACCAGCAGAGGGUAGAAUCGGAGCCACUAAGUUGGAGGUGCGAAGUAGAGCGGGGGGGAGGCAAAAUCAAGUAGCUAGACACGAGGAGUGGGGCGGGUGAGAUCUCUUCAAGAGGAGGAAACAGAGAGCAACGAGCAGAGAAUUCAAAGAAGUGAGAAUAGCUGCAGAGGAGGAAGCUUUUGAGAAAAGGGAAUCAUAUUAAGAAAAAAAAAGGAAACUCGACACACUAUCUGAUGAAUACAUCCCAGUUAAGAAAAAACAAAAAAAGCAACCUGAUCAAACAGAUAAAAAGAUCAAGUCAUCACCGCGAUGAAGCUGUCGUGUUGCCUCUGCUUCCUCGUUCUAGGAGUUUUUUCUGUUUCACGAGGACAGAAUGCAACCACCCCUGAUCAUCAUAUAGAGACAACAGGUGAUACAACAACCAAGAUCUUGGGAACUCUGCCACCGACUCAGUUGAACGAUACGGAAGACGAUAAUUUGACGGCAGUGUCUCAGCCUCUCACAACAACAGAAGUGACCACGCUGCCUGAGGAUAAUAGAUGGAGCACCAGUGUUGCUGAACCGAAGGGAAAUGAAGAAGAAAAUGGCAAUGUGACAACCUCGACGCCCACCAAAGGAGGGGGGUCAAGGACGACGGAGGAGAGUAUGCUGAGGUCUAAGAUGUCGACGCCUCCGACCAAAGUCAUCACAUCCCCAGCAGAAGCCAGCGAAGGCUCGGGUGCUCCCGCUUGGGCUUAUGUAAUACUGGUAUUUAUCAUCCUGGCGAUCAUUAUUCUGUGUGUCAUUCUCUAUUGGCUAAGGAGAACCACGACUUACUCAUUUGAUCUCCACCGUCCGAGCCCCGGUCAUCUAAAUGAGCCCACUGGAACCUUUGAGCAAGUUUACCUCGAUGACAUGGACCAACCAUUUCCUAAAGACUUUGUGAUCACAGAUGACCUUUCAACCUCUCCAGUCACCAAUGGCACAAGUCUACCGACAGAGGAAAAGGGGCCCGGUGAUGAAAAUGAUUUUUUAGGCAAUGACCCAACUGAUAGCACAGCUGAUCCGCUGAGCAGUGCUGACUUGUUCUUCGACGCUGCUGAGGAGCAACAAAAUGAAAACAACAACAAUCCAUCCGUUUGCUCUCAUGACCCGUUUGUUGAAAUAAACCUGGAUGAGCCAGCGUGGAGUGACCAGCUCCUCACCUCCGCUCAAGCUUCUUCCUCCGUUCUCCCCUUCUCCUAGCUUUCUGUCUACUCUUCUGGGAACUUUGAAACAAUGACCAUCAAGUUCCAUAUAAACCAUCCGAAAAAACACCUGGGAGUGAGCAUAACAUUUACCGAUCUUUGAGACAAAAGUGGCCUUCUUUCUAAAGUGCUCCUAGAGUGCUAAUUAAUCAUGUGUGCCUUAAAGUUUAGGUUUUACCGAACUGUCCGGGCUCAAAUGCAAAAUUUAAAGGCAAUUUUCCUUAUUCCCUGUUAGCAUAAGCUUUCACUUUAACUCACGUUAAAAAUAAACUGUUGGAAAGAAAGCUAAAGGAAGUUUUUCAAGCUAAAAUGACAUAUAUAAAAAAAAUCAGCAUUUUUUUGUUUGUUUUUUUUGUUUUUGCUUUGCCUCUCCUUGGAACAAGACUUAAUGAUAGAUUACUAAGAUUUACACUUCAAAACUUUAGGCAGUUUGAAGUAGAUUAUCUAGGGCCAUGAAAAAAGAAAAAAAGAAAAAAAAAGUUCUGGAAAUGUAAACGUCUAUUUAAAGCUGAUAUAUUUGAUAACAUUGUAAUAUAUAUCUUUAUAAUUUUCUUUCUUUAAGUGGCAGCAUCAGCUAAAAAGUGAAGAGAAUGAUGACAGAUAAUUUGUACUCUACAUACACACUGACACCACAAAUCCCUAUUUAAUGUCUGGUUUACAUGUAUGAGAUUAUUCUUACGAUAACAGUUUAUGUUACUUUAGCCUUGACCUUGGCCUUUUGACAAAUUAAUAAAGUAAAGGCUUAAAUUAAAUAUCAUGUUACAUUUAAGACUGAUUCUAAAAGACUGCUGUCAUUGCUCAUUAUCUAUCAGAUCUUAAUUCCAAGAAUUUCUAUAGUCUUUGUAAUGCAUUGCAAUGUUGUUCUUGUUUGGCUUUGCAGUCUCAAAGUGUAGAAUUAACUAAAACUCAGAUUCAUUGUCAAAAUCUCACUUAGUUAGUUCCAUCCUUUUUAUAUGGUAGAAACCUUAUAACAAGUUUUGACUUGUUUGCUGACUAGCUUCUCAUUCUAGGGUUUGUUCCUCUCACACGCAUAACUGGUUUAGAUUUUUUUUCAAUGAUAGUUUCUCCAAAGAGUGUGACACAGUUUUACAAAGGGGUUUAUUCUCACUCCACAUAUUUUAUACAUUUUCCUAGUGAAUCCAAAUUCUUAUCUUUAUAGAUACUCCUGUGUAACAGAUACUAAUAUUAUUUGGAUUUUGGCGCUUUUUAAAUGUAUCUUCAUGGUUUUGUCAAAUUGAACAAAGCACAAGUAUAUCAAUAUGUUUUGUUUUUAUUUUUUUUACUUUUUUGUUUUUUAAAGGAAAUGAUUGAAAUCAAACUGACUGUGUGGGGGGUUCUUCCUUAGAACUGUUACUGGGUGACGGCACAUCCAGGACUACUUCUGACCUCAAUAAAGUUUAUAGCAAACACACACUUGUAGUUUGUAUAUGACUGUGUUCAUGUUUAAAAUCAUCUUCAAUGACUAAAUGAAAUCAA